UUCGUCUUCUCCACCAUAGCGAGAAUCAAAGACCAGAAAGGAAGGAAAAAAACCCUUGAAUCGUAAUCUCCAGAUUUGAUUUUUUUUUUUUGCGCAAAGGAAUAUUACUCUCCUGUCGUUUUCCUUCGAACAGAGAUUCAGGAGAGCAGAAUGGCGAACCCUACCAUUCACCGGCAGAUGAUUUUCUCCGACGAGAAUGCUCACUUUCAGCGCAAAAAAUCUGUUGCUGCUGCUGCUGGUGGGAAAACAAAAGGCUCAGUAAUAGCUCCAAAGAAACUCGGAAACCGCAAGGCUCUGGGCGAUAUUACGAACAAGUCGGGGGCUCACCCAACAGCAGCAGCUUCAUCGAAGCAGAGGAAGAUUGUUGAGAAGGAGGGAGUCAAUGUAGCCGAGGAGAGGUUCUUGCAUGAUCACAGCAAAUGCGUCAAAGAACAGCAGAUGUUCUGGGAUGAUCACCUCUCUGAUCUGAUUGCUCUUCAAAACGACCCCAGUAGGAACAAAGAGCAUCUCAAGGUUAACACGAAAACGAUGGAUGCUAAGAACCCUGUCUUUUGCAACGAACCAGAAGAGAUGCCAUCGCCCAAGUUGUCUGACUGGCUGAAAAGCUCAACUCCAUGGCACUCUCCCGUCCGCCAUGACUCUUUCUCCUUGUCGCCUCGUCCUUGGGGCUUCGAUUCAAUGGAAUUCAAGCUCAAAGAAGACCAAGACUUUUGAAUUCUGUUUCCAGGUUCAUUUGGAAAUCAUCCUCCAGAUGAUAUAGAGACUGGCUCUUACAGUCAAUAGUCAGGAUUUCAUCCAUCUCUUUGUCGACAUUGUAACAGUUCUUUCAGACAAUUCGGACUACUUUGCUUGUAUGCCUAACUGAAUUUUCAGGGUGUGUA